UGCAUUUUGUAAAUAAACCACUCAUCUUUCACCCAGUUGGGAAAAAGUUUUUCCUCUACAUUUUCCCCAAAAGUGCAUUAAAAUUUCAUAUCAACCACCCAUCGUGUUUUUCCCCUGAUUCUUCGUUGGUCAUCUCCAUGCCACCACCGUCUUCGUCGUCGUCGUCGCCAUCCACCCGGGAACCGAUCCGUCGUUGAAGAGUGUUCCGCAACAAAUUGUUAUUGCCCUGCUGCAAUCAUCUGCUGCUGCUGCCGUGUGAUAACAGAGUUUGCCAGCUCAACCUUCUUAUCUCUGACAAUCGUCGCCGUCGUCGUCGAAGCCAUCCCUUUCGGAGCUUCGGCCACAGUCAGUCGAGAACCCUGGGUGCGCUAGCAAGUCUCGUGAUGGACGCAGCAGCCGAGGUCCCCGCGGAGGAAAUCCUGUUCCAGAAGCACGCCAAGUACUUUGUCCGGUUUCUGAACAUCCUGCCGGCGCGGCUGGCCUCGCACGAUUCGACCAGAGUCACGAUAGCGUUCUUCGCCGUGAGUGGGUUGGACGUGCUCGAUUCGUUGCAUUUGCUGUCCGACUCCUUCCGGACCGACAUCGUCAACUGGAUCUACUCGCUGCAGGUUGUUCCGGGUGUGGGAGCGCGACCUUGUGGGGGAAUUCAAGGUUCCAGCACGUUGAACGUUCUUAAUCCGCCGGAAUGUUGUGGAUUGGAAGCGUACCGUUGGGGCCACUUGGCCAUCACGUACACCGGCAUUGCGGUGUUGGUGGCCCUUGGCGAUGAUCUGUCGCGGCUCGAUCGGCGUGCCAUCAUCGACGGGGUGGCCGCGGUGCAGCGGCCGGACGGAAGCUUCAGUGCCACGAUCGACGGCAGCGAGCACGACAUGCGAUUUGUGUACUGUGCCGCGGCCAUUUGCGCCAUGCUGAACGACUGGGGCCGCGUCGACCGACGGAAGAUGGCCGAAUACAUCCAGAAGAGCAUUCGCUACGACUACGGAAUCAGCCAACACUACGAGAUGGAGUCGCACGGUGGCACGACAUUCUGCGCGAUCGCUGCCCUCGAGCUCAGCGGCCAGCUGGACAUUCUCAGCGCGGACGUGCGCGCCAGGAUCGUCCGGUGGCUCGUGUUCCGCCAGCAGGACGGCUUCCAAGGCCGGCCGAACAAACCCGUUGACACGUGCUACUCGUUCUGGAUCGGGGCCACGCUCAAAAUCCUGAACGCGUUCGAGCUGACCAGCUCCAAGGACAACCGGCAGUACGUGAUGUCGACCCAGGAUAAAACCGUCGGCGGCUUCUCCAAAUGGCCCGGCUCGCACACCGACCCCUUUCACACGUACUUUGGCAUCUGCGGGUUGAGCUUCCUGCAGGAGCCCGGCCUGCAACCGGUCGAACCGGCCCUAAACAUAUCGCAGCGCGCCUUCCAGCGACUGAAACAGCUGCACGCGGUCUGGGAGCUGGAGCGGGAACAGCCGGACGGCAACGGAACCGUUCCCAGCAGCAGCAGUAACAGCAUCUGCGUCAAACGGGACGUCAGAGUUAACAUUGAGUAAGCGCCGCGGAAGGUGAACCACUAAUUUUAUCGCACAUUGAAGGGAAUGGGAGAUGCUUCUUUCGUACCAGAUAAGUUUAUAUUUUUAUUAGGCAAAAAUUUAGAGGAGUACCCAAUCAUUGGUAAAUUGAACUUUAUUUAAUCUCGCUGCAAUUCCUCGUGUCUAAGCUAAAUGUGUAAGUUGUAGCAAGUUAUUACAGCAAAAUAUAUACAUAUUGAUUUCACGGAACAAACUAGAA